AUGGAAAUGAACAGAAGCUCUGGGGCAGACUUCAUCCUUCUGGGAUUUUCCAGUCGACCACAACUGGAGCACGCCAUCUCUGUCGUUGUCUUCAUCUUCUAUAUUGUGACUCUGGUAGGAAACACAACCAUCAUUUUAGUGUCCUAUCUGGACUCUCAGCUCCAUACUCCCAUGUAUUUCUUCUUAUCUAAUUUGUCUUUUGUGGACCUCUGUUACACUACUAGCAUUGUCCCGCAGAUGCUGGUAAAUCUAUGGGGUCCAAAGAAGUCUAUCACAUAUGGAGGGUGUGUGCUCCAGUUCUUCUUUGCUCUGGACCUGGGAGCCACAGAAUGUCUCCUCUUGGCUGUAAUGGCCUAUGAUCGCUAUGCUGCUGUUUGUCAACCUCUUCACUACACAGUAAUAAUGCACCCUAUUCUUUGCCAGAAGAUGGUGCUGUCGGCCUGGAUGGGUGGUCUUGGCAGUGCCUUAAUUCUUUGUUCCUUGACUUUGAAGUUGCCAAGGUGUGGGCACCGGGAAGUGGAUAAUUUUUUCUGUGAAAUGCCAGCGUUGAUCAAGAUGGCUUGUGUCUACUCCAGAGUAAUCGAGAUUGUUGUGUUUACUCUUGGAGUUAUAUUUCUUCUAGUACCUCUGUCACUAAUCCUCAUCUCCUAUGGAGUCAUUACUCAGGCAGUGAUGAAGAUCAAGUCAGCAACAAGGUGGAAAAAAGUCCUUAAUACAUGUGGUUCCCACCUCACAGUGGUAACCCUGUUUUAUGGAACACUCAUUUAUAUGUACAUGAAGCCACAGAAUACCAUAUCCCAUGAGGAAGGACAGUUUUUCACUCUUUUUUACACCAUUGUCACCCCUAGCCUUAACCCUUUGAUCUACACCUUAAGAAACAAAGAUGUAAAGAGUGCAGUGAAGAGAAUUCUGGGAAUAGACAAACACUCUGCCAAAGUGUGA